AUGUAUGCCCGGCAAUCCAACACCGACCGUUCCACCCAACGACAGCCCGCUACUCAAGUGUAUGUCAGACAUGGUGACCGAGUUACCCUCGAUCGUGCACAUCUUGACGGAACUGUCUCCAUUGACAAAGAUAAACUGUUCUUUUGCCUCGUGGUUGCCAGGCUACAGCCACCACAUUAUUGUAUGGCUUGA